AUGUCUAAAACUGCACAAAAACGUCUAUUGAAAGAGCUACAACAGCUUAUGAAAGACUCACCACCUGGUAUAGUGGCCGGCCCUAAAACUGAAGAUAACAUAUUUCAAUGGGACUGCUUGGUUCAGGGACCACCAGAUAGUCCGUAUGAAGGCGGUGUGUUUAAUGCACAGCUAGACUUUCCCAAAGAUUAUCCAUUGUCUCCUCCAAAAUUGACCUUCACACCAAGCAUACUACAUCCAAAUAUCUAUCCAAAUGGUGAGGUUUGCAUAUCAAUCUUACACUCUCCAGGUGAAGAUCCUAAUAUGUAUGAGCUAGCUGAAGAGAGAUGGUCACCGGUUCAAAGUGUAGAAAAAAUUCUUCUGAGCGUGAUGAGUAUGCUCAGUGAACCAAAUAUUGAGAGUGGCGCCAAUAUUGAUGCAUGCAUUCUUUGGAGGGAUAAUAGGAAAGAAUUUGAGAGACAAGUUAAAUUAAAUAUUUUAAAAACAUUGGGAUUUUAA